AUGAUUCUGCGAUCGUGGAGCAACCCAGUUCUGCGUUUGCCGCCACCAAUUUUCGUGCUAUCACUCGGACGAAGUCGAUCUUGCCACAGAAGUCUCAAGAUCCCACACCCAGAGACCCACUAUCAGCGUGCUGGCAGUGUUGUGACUGGCAUUUUGCUCGCUUCUGUCCCUUCAAGAAGCAUGUUUGUCACAAAUGCCAUAAACGAGGGCUCCAACUCACUCCUAGCCACAUUCAAAACUGAUUUUGAGGCACGGAGGAAAUAUUUUACAGUUACCAUCAAUGGCAAACCUGUUCGCCUCCAGCUGGACACGGCAUCAGACACCAGCCUCAUCUCCAAACACACUUGGCGGAUGAUUGGACAGCCUCCGAUGAUCACAUCGGACAAAAAGGCUUUAAAUGUUUCGGGCGGAUUCUUCCGGCUGACGAGUGAGCUCGAAUGUGACGUCUCCUUUGAUGGCACCGAAUUCAAAGGAACAUGCUACCUAACCAACCGACCGAAGCUUGACUUAAUUGGCCUUGACUAG